UGGUACAAGGUACACAAACCAACUAAUUGGAAUGUCCUUAUUUAUGUCCAUGCUUCAUCACCCAUAAGUCAAGAUAGAAAAGAAGAUGUGUUCUAGUUAAUUAUAUCCAUAAGAUAUUCUUCCCUCACUCUUUCUCUACCCUUCAACAAUCAACACAUCCAAACUGAGUGAGUGAGUGAGUUAAGUGUUAUAGAAUUUCAAUUUCAAAAAACUCUAAACAUGAGUGUGAUUAAAUCAGCCAUAGGAGAUGCAAUUUUAACAUCAAUCUUUGUUUUCUUCAUCUCAACAUUAAAAAUUCUCUCUACAAAAACAUCAUUUUUCCUUAAUCUUGAACCAGUUUCACUACCUGGUUUAUUCAUCACAACAAUCCUAAACACAAUAAUCAUCCUCACAAUAAGCCUUAUUGGAAGAAUCUUAGGUGGAGCUAGCUUCAACCCAUCAUCAACAAUUUCCUUCUACACAUUAGGACUAAGACCCAAUUCAUCUCUUCUAUCAAUGGCCAUUAGAUUUCCAGCUCAAGCAAUAGGCGGCGCGUUCGGUAUCAAAACAAUUCUUCAAGUUAUGCCAAAUGAAUACAAACAUAUGAUGAAAGGUCCUUCUUUGAAAGUUGAUUUACAUACAGGAGCUAUAGUUGAAGGUGUUUUAACAUUUACUCAUAACUUUGUUAUUCUUAUUGUUAUGCUUAAGGGUCCUAAAAAUCCUUGGUUAAAGGUUUAUUUGCUUUCUGUUGCAACUUUGGUUUUGGUUAUUAUUGGUUCUGGCUAUACAGGACCUUCUAUGAACCCUGCUAAUGCAUUUGGUUGGGCUUAUAUGAAUAAUAAGCAUAAUACUUGGGAGCAAUUUUAUGUUUUUUGGAUUUGUCCUUUAAUUGGGGCUAGUUCUGCUGCUUUGGUUUAUCGUUUUGUGUUUAUGUCAGCAGAACUAGCCCCAGUUAAGGAGAAGAAAGCUUGAGUUGAAGGACAUAGGCUUAAAUUGUGGUCCGAAAUUGUGAUUAUGGAGAAAGAAAAUUGUUUUAGAGGUCUCAACAACAACAUCGCAAUUGCAAUUAUUGUAUCUAUUGUUUGUAUUUUGGUACAAUAUUGUCGAAGUUUGCAGCAUAACUGCAACUGCAAUUUAGAACCAUUAGGGAGUAUGAAUUAGUUAUGAUUCUAUAAUGAAUGUUGUAAUAUAAUUAUUCCUCCUUGUACCUUGUUGUGGCCUGGAUGGGGGAUAAUUGUAAUUGAUAUUGAUUUUAUUGAUUUAUAUGCUGAUGAAUUGCUUAUUUUCA